ACGAAACAUUUAGAACUCGUCCACGUGACAAGAUCCCACAUCGCUCAGCUCCCGUAUGUAGGAAACAAGAAUGAACGAAUUUCAAGUAGAGUUUGUUUUCGCCAUCGCCUACUGGUUGUUCGCUGUCUGCUUUAUUGCUCCCCCAGACGCAUUUCGAAAUGGCGGUUUAACGGUUCAGAAUCUUUUCGAUAAAUUUCUUGGAAGCGAACAAAUGGACUUCGUUGGUUAUCACCUCCGACGCACUACCAUUACUGUUGUAUGUCAUUCCGCACUGCCUUUAGGAUAUCAUCUCGUUGGCGGAGUUGUUUCAGAAAAUCUCAAUCUAUUCAACUUGUGUUACAGUGGACUUAUUGUACAGGCAUAUUUUGCUGUUGCUGUAUGUGCGCUGUUUCUGGGAUGUUGUGUUGCUUCGUUCUGGUCGUGGAACAACUGGAUGUAUCACCCUUUGGCUAAAGUUUUGGGCAGUUUUAAUGGUCCUUGGAGAGCUACCGCCUCAUCUGUAAAUAUUGAGUUCAGACGAAUUGACAAGUUCUGUUCUAGGACAAGCACUGGGGGAUCAAGGAUUUAUGUGACAGACUCAUGGGUCAUCAAGACUUCUGCUUAUCGUGUUGAUCUUGCUCAUCAACAAAAUGUACAUCUCAGAAUCCUUCAAGCAGAAGAACACCCCAUGUCUAUUGAGACACAGACUGCUGUUCAGUUUCUCUGGAUUGAAGUUCAAAGCAUUAAUGUGGCUGUCAAACCAUUCACGUUACGUGUCAAUUCUACUGAAUAUGGAGACAUUAAAGAUAAAUUGCAGUCACCUAUUCGAAAUGCUAGAAGUGUUGUUAUCCAUCAGACACUUAGCGACCAGUUUCUUAAGGCUUUCAAAGAACAAGUGACAAUAAACCAGCCAUAUUUUCUGCCAUCUGACGCUCCUGAACCAGAACGUUGUGUAGGUUGCAUGGCUCAGGUGUCAAACAUUAAACUGAUGAAGAUGUGCCGUGACCCGACAGACGGUGACUGCCAGCAAUGUUUCUGUCGUCCAAUGUGGUGUCUAGACUGUAUGGGCAAGUGGUUCGCUAGUCGGCAAGAGCAAAGCCAGCCAGAGACUUGGAUGGGAAGUUCAGCACCGUGUCCGACAUGUCGUGCUAAAUUCUGUCUUCUAGAUGUUUGUGUUAUACCAAAUGUUCAUGAUACUGCUAAUGGUACCAACCAGAGCUAA